AUGGAGUUUGACAGAGAAAUGGAAAACUUGGCCAGAUUUGAGAAAACUUUUGUGGGUAUAGUGGAAAAUCCAGGCAUGACUUAUAAUAUCCAAGAAUCUUUUAAUCUGGAGGGAUACUUCAAUAUUAAGGCGACACCAUUAAGAGCUAACCUUUGUCUCUUUGAAGAGUUGGUGGAUGGGGAGUUGGAGUAUCUGGUGAAGGAGGCGCAAGAUUGGGUUGGGCAAUGGUUUAAGGAAAUAAGAAGGUCGAAACCUAGCGAUGUGGAUAACGAAAGAGUGACAUGGUUGUGGUGUUACGGGAUCCCUUGUCACCUUUGGUGUUCAAAAUUAUUUCAAUUCCUUACAUCACCAGCAGGAACGUUCAUUUGCAUGGAUGAAGAUACCAAAAAUCACAAUAAGUUAGAUGUUGCUAGAGUCAUGGUGAGGACUAAGUACAACUUGGUGUUAAAUGAAACUUUUAAUAUUGGGGUAAACAGAGAAGCGUUUUCGAUCAAGAUUGUAGAGGAUUCCCAGGGGCCGUUGAGAAUUGUGAUGGCAAAAAAUAUGGCGAAGGAAGAGGUAGAGAAGAGGUGA